AUGCAGACUGCAGAGAUCUGUCUCAGGAAAGAACACAGAGAAAACCUAGGAGCGCACCGAGAAAACAGCGUUACAUCUUUUAUCCCCUAUUGCCCGACGCUGAUCUCUUCCUGCCCUGGUUCCUCACUGGCUGAGUACUGCAGGCUCACACUCUUUUGUGACGCUUCACUAGUCAUACAAAUACAAGAAUCCCAGCAAACUCAGGGUGAAAGAGUGUCUGCCAGGAAAGAGGAGCUGGAGCAGGAGAAGCAGCUCAUCGCCCAGCUGGAAAAGCAGCUGCAGGCUGAGACGGAGGAGAUCGAGGUGCUGCGUCAGGAAAAACAAUGCCUGCAAGAGGAGCGGGAGGAGCUGGAGCUGGAGAGUGCCUGGCAGCAGCAUCAGAUGGAGCUGGAGGCAGCCCACGUGCCUGGGGCUGUGCUGCCGGAGCUGGUGGAGGCACAGCUGACAAGAAGGAGCGGGUGAGGAGACGAGGGCUCGCCUUCUAGAUGCAGACCAUCUGCCUCAUCCUGCUCUGCCUCCAGCUGUUCCUCAUUGCUGUGCUGGGCUCUGCAGUACCGUACGCCCACCACUCUUACCAGGAGCUCUUCUAUCGGCUCCUGUCUUGAGUGGAAAGAGAUUCAGCCCCUCAAAACGCACUGAGUGGGACGAGAUGUAGAUGGGAAGAGAAAUGGGAUGAGCAGUGUCCCUCUGCACACAGACGUCUGCUGCUGUGUCUGCACAGAUCUCUUCUGCUCAGUGGAGUUUGUCCAUGAAGGCUGCAGCAAAGAAAAGUGUCUCUGCUAGGGGAGCUCUGGAGAGGCAUAGAGAUGGAAAACAGGAGAAAUGAAAACUAAAAGCAGAAGCCCAAAGUCAAAUGGUGCCAAACAGCAUAACCCCAAGAACUAAAGGCUCAACCCCCUUUAGCAAAAGCCUGAACCCAAGGCCCAAAGAUUUAACUCUUUCAACAAAGAGUUGCAGCCCAAUGCCAAAUGAUGCACGCCUUUCACAAAAUCCUAACGCAGGACUGGUGGCUGUGGCUUUAGACCCCUGCCAACAGUUAUGGGGAGAGCAGCUUCAGGGAAGGGAAGCCUGCAGUGCGCAAGGGAUGUGAAGUGCAAAGGGUGAAAACAACGCUCUUCUUAGAUUCUCUGCUCUCUGACCUGGAAGUCUCGGAUGGGGAGCAGAAUAAACCCCCCCAAUUCAGGAGGAAACAAAGUCCUACUGUUCCACCUGGACUGCCACAAGUCCAUGGGGCCAGAUGAGAUUCAUCCAAGAGUGCUGGGGGAGCUGGUGGAGAUGAAAAGGCAAGCUGCUUUCCAUCACCUGUCAGCCUUCCUGGUCAACUGGAGAUGCACUUUGGCCACAACAACCCCAGGCACCGCUAUGGGCGUGGGGCAGAGCAGCUGGAAGUCAGCGUAGAGGAAACGGAC